AUGGCAGAUCUCAUGUGGUUAGACAAUGUGUCCAAGGUGCAACUAGUCUCCUUCGCGCAGAGUCUGAGAGUUGACCACAUACGCACAACGCGGGAGAUUCGUAAGCGCAUAACUAUAUUGGCAGCCAAGGUGCGCGAAAACCCAGAAAUAGAGGAAAAAAUUUUAAAAAUGGAAGCUGCAUACAAAGCAAGUGAGAUCGAUUCACGAAACGAAGGUGAUCAGAAGACAACACUCCCACCAGAGCAAGACAGAGGGACCGCGAGCACUCUCGCGGAAUCAUCACGGCUACAGCGGCCACCAAUGAGCAGGCUAUUUCAACAGAACCACAUGGUCACAUUCGCACCUAUCAUCGACCAGGUGAGGAAGUGGUCCGUGAAAUACGACGGUGGGCGAGAUCCAUUAGCGUUCGUCGAGCGAUUGGAAGAGCUCUCCGAAGUUUACAUGAUAAACGUUGACAUCCUUCCGAGAACCAUGCCCGAAUUACUGCGCGGUAACGCUCUCCAAUGGUAUCGCAACAAUAAUGAACAUUGCAAGAGUUGGUCCACUUUCAAAAAGGACUUUCUGCGUUUUUUCUUACCAGCACGAUACUUCGAACGCCUUGAAGAUAACAUACGGCAACGUAAACAACACGUACAAGAAAAAUACAAGGACUACGUUCUGGCUAUGCAGAACUUAAUGCGAAAAGCUGGGUAUAAUCCGGAGGAGCGACUGGAGAGAAUUUUUCGAAACAGUCACACCGAUUAUCUGCUCUACAUUCGGCGGCGAGACUUCGAGACUCUAGCCGAACUCAUCACAGACAGAGGAGUACGAAGGGAUAUAUGA